AUGAAGCUUAGGGAAUGCAGAAUAAGGAACAUCCAUGAUGUUGGGUUCAUUGACCCACAAAUCGUUAAUGGAUAUGUGUUAAAAAAUCACCCCGCCGACGUGGAGGAAGACCUGUGGCGGUUUAUUUCAAAGCAGGAACUCAAAAGUGAUAUUCUAUUUCCUUACCAUUUUGGGUUCCACUGGAUUCUGCUAGUAAUUCAAUUUCACGACUCCACAGUUCUCGUCCACGACUCUCUGAAUCUGGAUGCAAAGCUUUGGGCCGACAUGAGAAAAAUGAUGCAGAAGGUUUGGAGACGGUUCGUAGAUGAAAAGGUCGGUGAAUUCAAAAAAGAGCUACAAUUUAAAAGGUCAAUGACUGGGACUAGGGAUAUUCAGCCACCGGCAAGAACAGGGAGCUGCACUGGAUUUAUUCAACAAUCUCCCCCUAAGCCAGAUGCAGCGACUUCACUUAAGCUUGACAAUGUUGAUCUUCUCACGGAGCUGCUGGAAUCGCACAUGACCAAGGGCCUUUGUGAGAACAUCUGCAAGCUGAUCUUCGGUGCCAAUGAACUUGACCGAAACAGUCCCAUCCUCGAUGCAGCCUCGAAUGAAGUGAUACCGCACCUCGAUGUGCUUGCUCCGGUCAUGGAACACAGGAUUUUUGCACAAUUGAAUCGCGGACUUGUUGUCCACGUGCAGAUUUGCGACGAGGGGAUCGGUCCCAAGCAGGUCGCCUAG